AUGCUAAAAAUAAAGGCUCUUUUCUCAAAAAAGAAGCCGGAUCAGGCUGAUUUGUCUCAAGAAUCCAAAAAAUCAUUCAAGGGUAAGACUAGAUCGAACGGUGCAAACAGCAAUGUUUUCGAAGAUGCCUCUUCCACCAAAAAAAGGCAGCAAGAAGGAAACAUAACGCAAUACUCGAACGCCAUUGCUGAUGACCGUCAUAUGAAGUCUUUAACUGAUGAGCUUGUAAACACAUUAGAUUCAGACUCCUCUCCGAGUGAUAACAUUAUCACAGAAAAUAUAGAAACCGUUCCUUCUGUUCCAAUCAUCGAUGUUUACAAAAGCAGUGACGACCAACUAAGUUACGAGCCAUCAAUGUCUGAUGAAUCCCUUCCAAUACAGAAUGGGAUUAUCAGUGACAGCCAAGAUGACGAUACUGACGAUGAAGAGCUGGAAGAUGAAACUCCCGAAAAGUCAUUUCUUGAGCAAAAGGAGUUAAUAGGUUACAGGCUAAUCAAUAAAAUUGGUGAAGGUGCAUUCUCCAAAGUCUUUAGAGCCAUCCCUGCUAAGAAUAGUUCUAAUGAAUUUUUAACUAAAAACUACAAAGCUGUUGCCAUUAAAGUUAUCAAAAAGGCUGAUUUAUCGUCGAUCAACGGUGACCACCGGAAAAAAGAUAAAGGCAAAGAUGGUACCAAGACAUCAUCUAGAGAUCAAGUUUUAAAGGAAGUCGCACUACACAAGACGGUCUCAACUGGUUGUUCGAAAAUUGUCUCGUUCAUAGAUUUCCAAGAAAGCGACAGUUACUAUUAUAUCAUUCAAGAAUUGCUAACUGGUGGAGAAAUCUUUGGAGAAAUUGUCAGAUUGACCUAUUUCAGUGAAGAUUUAUCAAGACAUGUAAUCAAACAAUUAGCACUGGCUGUUAAACAUAUGCAUUCACUGGGCGUGGUGCAUCGUGAUAUCAAACCUGAAAAUCUUCUAUUCGAACCAAUCGAGUUCACUCCCUCUUUAAAACCAAAAUUUAGGAAAUCUGAUGAUCAGCACACAAAGGCAGACGAAGGCAUAUUCACACCAGAAAUCGGGGGUGGUGGAAUCGGUAUAGUGAAACUAGCUGAUUUCGGUCUGUCCAAGCAAAUUUUUUCCAAGAACACCAAGACCCCUUGUGGUACGGUUGGUUAUACUGCGCCCGAAGUGGUCAAAGAUGAACAUUAUUCCAUGAAAGUAGACAUGUGGGGGAUUGGCUGCGUUUUAUACACAAUGUUAUGCGGGUUCCCGCCAUUCUACGAUGAGAAAAUUGACACUUUGACUGAAAAGAUAUCAAGGGGCGAGUAUACUUUCUUAAAACCUUGGUGGGAUGAAAUCAGUCCCGGUGCCAAGAACGCAGUGGGCAAACUACUAGAGCUCGAGCCAUCCAGGAGAUACGACAUCGACCAGUUCUUGGACGAUCCAUGGUUGAACUCAUACGAUUGUUUACCAAAGGAAGGUAACUCUUUACAAAAGAAAGCAGGUACUUCUGAGAGACGCCAUCCACACAAAAAACAAUAUCAACUAUUUCAAAGAGACUCUUCUAUACUGUUUUCGCCGGCCGCUGUAGCUAUGCGCGACGCCUUUGAUAUCGGUAACGCGGUGAAGCGUACAGAAGAAGAUCGCAUAGGAACUCAUGGAGGAUUAGGCUCGCUUGCUGAAGACGAGGAGGCGGAUGACAACUACAACGCCGGUCUGACAAAUGAAAAACUUGAACAAAGUAUGUUCCAACUAACUUUGAACACCUCGACUAUUCUACAAAGAAGAAAGAAAGUCCAGGAGAACGAUGUAGGUGCCAAUAUUCCCAUCGGCGCCACUAUCCAAGAAUAG